AUGCGCCCCACCGCCUCACCACCCACUGCCGCCGUCAACCUUGAGAUCGCACCAAGCAACCGUUGUGUCUCUCUGUCGCUGCUGAAACACUUGAUCAAAUAUAUCUCGCAACCUUCUCCCCUCGCGGUACUAACCCUACUCGCGGCUGAGCAAAAGGAACCUGUUCAGAUUACGCCGUCACCUUUGUUUUCUAGAUUCUCAAAAUUUUCAUUCCUUUGUUCGUGGGCUGCAGCCACCUCGAAGGAACCUUCCCGCGAGAAAAUGGCGGCCUGCUGCAGUAGAGCAACGCCUCUAACAUUCUUUCACUUCACGCCCGCUUCCGUCGGCCCUUCACCCAAUUCCGUUUCUUUUGUCGGAGCCCGUUGGCUGAAACCCAUCACCAAAACUAGGCAAUACCAAUUACAUUCACGCACUACAAAAUUUACCCGCUUUUUAGCAUCCGCGUCUCCGGCCACAGCUGACAACGCCAUUGCCGACAAGCUUCCAGGUGACCUUCAAGUUACAGAAACGCCGGAACCCAAUUCAAGAGUGAGAUUGAGCGUGGAAGUUCCUGCAGUGGUAUGUGAUGAUUGCUACAAAAAGGUCAUCGAUGAGUUUAUGAAACGGUCUAAGGUUCCUGGUUUUCGUCCAGGAAAGAACAUUCCAGAGAGUAUUCUUGUUGGUUUUGUCGGGAAGAAAAAUGUCCAGAAGGCUACUAUAGAGUCAAUUUUGAAGAGAACACUUCCACACGCCAUGUCCUCGGUAAGUGGAAGAGCCUUGGAAGAUUCACUCCAUAUAUUAACUAGAUUCCCGGAUAUGGAGAGCACUUAUUCUUCCAUGAAAUCUUUGAGAUAUGAUGUGAUUGUUGAUGUCGCACCUGAAGUCAAAUGGGUUCCUGAAGAUGGGUACAAAAAUUUGAAGAUUGUUGUUGAGAUUGAUAAGGAAAUAGAUGCACAGACUGCAACUGAACAGGAACUACGUCGCCGUCACAAGGCCCUUGGCGCAUUAAAAAUAGUGGCUGACAGAGGUCUUGAGGUGGGUGAUGUUGCGGUUCUUGAUUUAUCCGCUACAACAAUUGACCAGGACGAAUCUACUGCUCAAAGAAUACCAUCUGCUGAGAGUAAAGGGUUUCAGUUUGACACUGAAGACGAAAAUAAAGUCCUUCCAGAUUUUCUGAACUCAAUUAUUGGAAUAAAACGUGGUGAAACAAAGUCAUUCCCAUAUGUGUUUCCUGAUUCAUGGAAACAAGAAGAUCUUCGUGGUGUUCAAGCUCAAUUCACUGUGUAUUGCAAGGAACUGUUCUACAGAGAUCUACCUGAACUGAAUGAUUCAAUUGCCGAUAGGAUUCUGUCUGGCUGCUCUACCAUUGAGGAGGUGAAGGCAGCUUUACUGCAAAAAUUUAUUGAAGUGGAGCAAACAGCGAAAGAACAAGCCACGGAUAAUGCUAUUUUGGACCAGCUGCAAAAAAUGAUUGAGGUUGAUAUACCUCUAUCCUUGUUUGAGGAACAAGGAAGACAGCUUUAUGGAGCACAACUGUUGCAAAUUCAGAUAUUAACGGAUGAGCUUGUCAAGGAGGUUGAGAACUCAAUUGCUGAAUUUAAACGCCACAACCAAGAAUAUGACGAGGAGCGUGUCAAAGGACAGGUAGAAGAGGUACUUGAAGGAGCAAAAGUGCUAGAAUGGCUGAGAGAGCGAGCUGAAAUCCAGUACAUAACCAAGGGGGUUGACUGA